UGUCAAGGGUAAUGAAGAGAAGUGAGAGGGUCCAUAAAAACUAAAGAGCUUUGAAGAACAUUCUGAAGCUUGUAUAGGAGACAAUAUAUCAAGAAUCUAUUUAUUGAGUUCUUCUGGAACAAAAGCCAGGAGCUCCCUAAUGUAAACACAUUAGUGUUUGUUUUGAGGAGGAAAGCUAUAGACUCUUUUUAAACAACCGUAAAGCAGACAGCUUAGUUCAAAAAAUCCGUUUUGGAAGAUGUCACUGAACAACUCUUCCAAUGUAUUUCUGGAUUCCGCGCCCGGUAAUACCAAUCGCUUUCAAGUUAAUGUCAUAAAUGAGAGCCAUGAGAGCAGUGUGGCUGUGAAUGACAACGCCGACCCCCCACAUUAUGAGGAAACCUCUUUUGGGGAUGAAGGCCAGAACAGAUUCAGAAUCAGCUUUAGACCUGGGAAUCAGGACCGCUAUGACAACUUCCUCCAAACUGGAGAAACUGCUAAAACAGAUGCCAGUUUUCAUGCUUACGAUUCUCACACAAACACAUACUACCUACAAACCUUUGGCCACAACACCAUGGAUGCCGUUCCCAAGAUCGAGUACUAUCGCAACACGGGCAGCGUUAGUGGGCCCAAGGUCAACCGGCCCAGCCUGCUUGAGAUUCACGAGCAACUGGCAAAGAAUGUAUCAGUGGCCCCGGGUUCAGCUGACAUGGUUGCCAACGGUGAUGGGAUGCCUGGUGAUGAACAAGCUGAAAACAAGGAAGAAGAUCAAGCCGGUGUCGUGAAGUUUGGAUGGGUGAAAGGUGUGCUGGUAAGAUGUAUGCUGAACAUCUGGGGUGUCAUGCUCUUCAUUCGCCUCUCCUGGAUUGUUGGAGAAGCUGGGAUCGGUCUUGGAGUCAUCAUCAUUGGCCUGAGUGUGGUAGUGACAACACUCACAGGUAUUUCUAUGUCCGCUAUUUGCACAAAUGGAGUAGUAAGAGGAGGUGGGGCCUACUACCUUAUUUCCAGAAGCUUAGGGCCCGAGUUUGGUGGGUCUAUAGGCUUGAUCUUUGCUUUUGCCAAUGCAGUGGCUGUUGCUAUGUAUGUGGUGGGAUUUGCUGAGACUGUGGUAGAUCUUCUUAAGGAGAGUAAUUCGAUGAUGGUGGAUCCAACCAAUGACAUCCGGAUAAUAGGCUCCAUCACAGUGGUGAUUCUUUUGGGAAUUUCAGUAGCUGGAAUGGAAUGGGAAGCAAAGGCUCAAGUGAUUCUUCUGAUCAUUCUCCUCAUUGCUAUUGUAAACUUCUUCAUUGGAACUGUCAUUCCAUCCAACAACGACAAAAAGUCCAGAGGUUUCUUUAAUUACCAAGCAUCAAUAUUUGCAGAAAACUUUGGGCCAAGCUUCACAAAAGGUGAAGGCUUCUUCUCUGUCUUUGCCAUUUUUUUCCCAGCAGCAACUGGGAUUCUUGCUGGUGCCAAUAUCUCGGGAGAUUUGGAGGAUCCCCAAGAUGCUAUCCCCAGAGGGACCAUGCUGGCCAUCUUCAUCACCACCGUCGCCUACAUAGGAGUUGCUAUUUGUGUAGGGGCCUGUGUGGUCCGAGAUGCCACUGGGAGCAUGAAUGACACCGUCAUUUCUGGGAUGAACUGCAAUGGUUCAGCAGCCUGUGGGUUAGGCUACGACUUCUCAAGAUGUCGACAUGAACCAUGUCAGUAUGGGCUGAUGAACAAUUUCCAGGUCAUGAGCAUGGUGUCAGGGUUUGGCCCCCUUAUCACUGCUGGCAUCUUUUCUGCAACACUCUCCUCGGCCCUGGCCUCCCUCGUCAGCGCACCCAAAGUUUUCCAGGCUCUGUGCAAGGACAACAUCUACAAAGCCCUGCAGUUCUUUGCAAAGGGAUAUGGGAAAAACAAUGAGCCCCUGAGAGGAUACCUUCUCACUUUUGUUAUAGCCAUGGCGUUCAUUCUUAUUGCGGAACUGAAUACCAUUGCUCCCAUCAUCUCCAACUUUUUCCUGGCCUCAUACGCACUUAUUAAUUUCUCCUGCUUUCAUGCCUCUUAUGCCAAAUCUCCAGGAUGGAGACCUGCAUACGGUAUUUACAACAUGUGGGUAUCUCUUUUUGGAGCUAUUUUGUGCUGUGCAGUCAUGUUUGUCAUCAACUGGUGGGCAGCUGUCAUCACCUAUGUCAUUGAGUUCUUCCUCUAUAUCUAUGUGACUUACAAGAAGCCAGAUGUGAACUGGGGCUCCUCCACACAGGCUCUUUCCUAUGUGAGUGCUUUAGACAAUGCUCUGGAACUAACUACAGUGGAAGACCACGUGAAAAAUUUCAGGCCCCAGUGCAUUGUCUUAACAGGGGGACCCAUGACAAGACCUGCUCUCUUGGAUAUAACUCACGCCUUUACCAAGAACAGUGGCCUUUGCAUCUGCUGUGAAGUCUUUGUGGGACCGCGCAAGCUGUGUGUUAAAGAGAUGAACAGUGGCAUGGCAAAAAAGCAGGCCUGGCUUAUAAAAAACAAAAUCAAGGCUUUUUAUGCAGCAGUGGCGGCAGAUUGUUUCAGGGAUGGUGUCCGAAGUCUCCUUCAGGCCUCAGGCUUAGGAAGAAUGAAACCAAACACUCUGGUGAUCGGAUAUAAAAAAAACUGGAGGAAGGCUCCCCUGACGGAGAUUGAAAACUACGUGGGAAUCAUACAUGAUGCGUUUGAUUUUGAGAUUGGUGUUGUCAUAGUCAGAAUCAGCCAAGGGUUUGACAUCUCCCAGGUUCUUCAGGUGCAAGAUGAAUUAGAGAAAUUAGAACAGGAGAGACUGGCUUUGGAAGCCACUAUCAAAGAUAAUGAAUGCGAAGAAGAAAGUGGAGGCCUCAGAGGCUUGUUUAAAAAAGCUGGCAAGCUGAACAUUACUAAGCCAACUCCCAAGAAAGACAGCAGCAUUAACACAAUCCAGUCGAUGCAUGUGGGGGAGAUCAACCAGAAACUGGUGGAAGCCAGCACCCAAUUUAAAAAGAAGCAAGGAAAAGGCACAAUUGAUGUUUGGUGGUUGUUUGAUGAUGGAGGGUUAACACUCCUUAUCCCCUAUAUCUUGACUCUCAGAAAAAAAUGGAGAGACUGUAAAUUAAGAAUCUAUGUCGGAGGGAAGAUCAAUCGCAUUGAAGAAGAAAAAAUUACAAUGGCUUCCCUCCUGAGCAAAUUUAGGAUAAAAUUUGCAGACAUCCAUGUCAUUGGUGACAUCAACACUAAGCCAAACAAAGAAAGCUGGAAAUUCUUUGAAGAAAUGAUUGAACCAUAUCGUCUCCAUGAAAGCUGCAAAGAUUUAACAACCGCUGAGAAAUUAAAGAGAGAAACUCCGUGGAAAAUUACAGAUGCAGAGCUGGAAGCAGUCAAGGAAAAGAGUUACCGCCAAGUUCGACUGAACGAACUCUUACAGGAGCACUCAAGAGCUGCUAAUCUCAUAGUCCUGAGCCUUCCAGUGGCAAGAAAAGGAUCUAUAUCAGAUUGGUUGUACAUGGCUUGGUUGGAAAUCCUCACGAAGAACCUCCCUCCUGUCUUACUAGUUAGAGGAAAUCACAAAAAUGUCCUGACAUUUUAUUCUUAAAAGAUAAAGGAUUAGAACACAUUUUAACUUAAUGUAUGAAUACGUAGGAGACAUGUUUCAGUACUUCAUGUUAUAAAUCUGAUCUGUGGAUAUGCAAACCUCUGGAGACCAAGUAAACUUUGUCAUUUUUUUUAUUAUUACUUAAUAGGAGCUAUUCUUUUUUUUCUAUCAGCUUAAGGGGGUGUCAAAGCCAAUGC